UUUUAUCCUCUUGACCGGGCGGCUUCUUGGAUAUCCAGGGUGGUGGGGGUGUUGGAAAACUUUAUGUAGAGUAGAAUAUAUCAUACAAGGAAUAUCAAAAGCCUCGUGACAAUCCUGAUAAAUGUAUUUCAUUUCAAUUUGCACUCAAUUCUCUAGAAAGCUGUUUUUCUUUCUUUAGAGCCACCUGUCCUGCCUGAAAUAUGAAUUCCAAACGUGUUGUGGACGCAGUGGGAAUAAGGGUCGGCGGAGCGCCGAAACACGGCGAUUUCAGCUGCCGCGGAGACUUCUCGGUGGUGUGCGACGCGAGUGUCGCCGCGGUGGAGAACGGUCUCCUGCCGGCGGUGUUCACCCGCAAGACCGACAUGGGAUCCGUGCUGUACACACUGGUAGUGGACAGUGGUUCUGUGGCAGAGGGAAGAAAAUCCAAUGGAUUGUCUUCGGGAGGAGAAAUGUUGCAGGGCAUGGAGAAAGUUGCUCUGAGUGGCCCGAAGGACCAAAGAGAACCCGGUUCCACGGGGAUCCUGAAGAGGGCCAGCCCCACUCACUGCCCAAGCCACUGCCCCACCAUACACAGGCAGCUGCCAGACGGACUCAUGCUCCUGGACAUCAGGAACCCAGGGAAACGGGUGGAACUGGCCAACGGUUUCCACGUGGCGGCUCACGGGCAGAUGGUGACCCCUGCGGAGGGCCAGUCGCUUCCCUCGUCCUACAUCCCUGUCCCCAGGCACAGGAAGCCCUCGGGUCACGCCGACAAAGAGGUGAUGGCCGCCACCGUCCUGACGUCGCUGUCCACGUCUCCUCUGGUGCUCCACCCCUCGUCAACCCCCACAGCUGCAGUACCUGAGCCGGCCUGGAAGGAGGCGCUGUCUGCGAGCUACAGCAGCUCCACCAGUGGCAACUGGAGCUGGGACGCCAGCGACCAGUCGGUGCCUUCCACGCCGUCACCUCCGCUCUCUAACGAUGCCAACAAGAGCUUCCUGCUCUCCUCCCAGGGAGAAGACGUCAACGAGGACGGGCCAGAAAGCACGCACUUCCUGUUCGAGGACCCCAUACCCCGGAAGCGAAAGAACUCCAUGAAGGUGAUGUUCAAGUGCCUGUGGAAGAACUGUGAGAAGGUCCUGAGCACUUCCUCAGGAAUCCAGAGACACGUCCGCACCAUUCACCUGGGGCAGAUGAGCGACUCGGACUACAGCGAUGGCGAAGAGGACUUCUACUACACGGAGAUCGAGGUCAACAUGGACAGCCUAUCGGAGGGCCUGUCCAGCCUCACCCCCACCUCGCCCACCACGGCCGGACCUCCGCCCGUCUUCCCGCCUGCACUAGCCCACAUCCCCCGCUCCGAGCACAUCUGCGUGAAGGGGGUCCCCGGCGACGCCCCCAGCCUGCUCAGCCAAUCGGCCCCCUCCACGCUCUGCCACAUCCGCACUGACCACGCCUACCAGGCCAAUGCCUUGGUCAGUGUCCCAGUGGCUUCAGAGCUGGCUGGCCCGGGCAGCAGCGCUGACACUGGGAACAGCACCAGUGUUUCAUGGCUGCCCCCACCCGUUGCUUUUAAAGGCCUGCUUCCGGGUCCAUUAAGUCAUGUCCGGGCUGUGAGCACAGGGGAGCGUAGGCAAGCUGUGCCCGGCGCCAACACCACUGUCAACAAGACCCACGCUCUGACAACACCGGCACCCAAAACAGCCCUGGGAACCAGGAGACCCCGAGGGGAGGCGAAGAAGUGCAGGAAGGUGUAUGGCAUGGAGAAGCGUGACAUGUGGUGCACAGCCUGCCGCUGGAAAAAAGCCUGCCAGAGAUUCACCGACUAAAAGGCCACCCCCCUUGCUUCAUCGAGAUGGUCUCCUCCAUGAUCCAGAGCCACAGUGAGGCGGACUCCUCCAACGAGGAUAUGGGGGUGGUGGAAAAAGAGAAAUGACUUGACUAUGAAGCUCUCAGCACUGCUUCCCUACAGCUUUUGUCUACCCACUGCGCUGGCUUCAAACACAACAACAAAACCAACGGAAUUACAACUGGUGGGUUAACACGCGCUCAAGAAAAAAACUAAAAAAACCUAAUGUAUGUUUUUUCAGAACUGAGAGAUUUGUAAUCUGCUGGCCUUGAUUCAUGACAGUUUGAAGACUUAAAGAUAAGCUUUUUUUCAUAUAUUCAUGUGAUCACCAGGAUCGUGUUUAAGCUACUGUUAAGGUGGGGUUGGGGUGUAGAAAAUCUUGUGGGGUUAAACCCACUUUGCUCCAUCAGCAUCUUUGAGGAUAUACGUUUGUCUGUUUGUCUGUUUAUUUGACAGCAGAUCUACCAAAGGCAAUCAUUAAUCAAAAUCUUGUUACAGCCAGUUCAAUUUCAAUGCCCAUCUGUAAAUAGGCAGAAAACACGGCUAAGAACCUCUACUUCCCCUCUUUUAUUUUUUUGGAAUAAGCAUUAACAGUAGAAAAAACAACUAUCUUCAACUUCCACCGUCUGACAUUAUUUAUGUCUGACUCCAUAAUGUGAGAUAUGUGCUUCCUGUAUAGGAAACAAUCAAAAGUUCUGCGCGUUGUACAUCUGUCAUUUGCAUAAAUGCACGUAAAAAAAAAAAAAGACAACAAAAAAAACGCUCACACAAAGUGGUACAAAAAGUUUCUCUUUCGUUUUUCGUUUCUAAUCAAACAUGUUUAAGACUAUCCACUUUUUAUUUCGUAGCUGUAACCUAGAUAUGCACCUUGAAGAAUUAUGUCUUCUCUCAGUAUCACUGUAACCACAGCAUACUCCCGGAAGAGUGGAUCUCAACCUUCUUAUUUUCUGCAACUAGUUGCCGUGGUAACUGGUGGUUGCACUGUGCAAUCUGUAGGAUUGCAAUACGUGAUAUUGUCUCUUGCUUUGAGUUGAUUCGUUAGUGUUUAAACAAGUCUUCAGAGGCGUGCGCCUGCGUGCGUGUGUUUGAUUUUGUGUGUAUGUGUGUGUGUGUGUGUGUGUGUGUGUGUGUGUGUGUAUGUGUGUGUUUGCGUGUGUGUAACUCACACAGCAAACUUGCUAUCAGGUCGAUCUCCCCCGAAUCACUGACUAAUUGCUGAUAGAUCCAACAGCUCACAUUCAAACAUGUUUAAGGCGUGUAGGGCCUUCAGCGUAUGACACAUUAUGAUGGCACAAAGCCAUUAUAGGGCACUCAUCAUGUAUUAAAAUAACCACGAUUGGACCGAACAAGAAUUGUAACUGUCUUUCAGAAUUAGGAUGGAUGGAGGAUUUUAGCAACAUAAUUAUGGCAGUUACGGUCACACAAUCACCUUUCCCUGAGGCAUUUCGUUUUAUAUUGUGAGCUUGAAAGCAUUCCUGUCCUACAAAUGUAUCAAGAAAAUCAAGUCGUUCUGUCCUGUUACAGUAAUCACUGCCCUCUAGUGGAUAAUAGUCAGGUUACACAAUGCAUUUUACUCAAUAAUAAGUUGCCUCUCAACUCGAAUAGCUUUCAAUAUUGAUGUGACUGAAAGUCAUGCCGCAUUACUUGUGCCGCAUAAAUACACAGGUGCACGCACACACUCAAACAAACAAACAGACGGACACACAUACAUGCACACAUACACACACACAAACAAAAAAAUACAGAGUGCCUGUUUCUUCCUAUUUGUUAACUUUUGUAAAAGAUAAACAUAUGACUGCAGAACGAUUUGGCUUGGCAAUAUAACCUCUCUGUUGCCAUAGGGACGCCUGCGCUGCAAGCGAAAUGUGUCCAGCGCAGCAUCAUUGGUGACUUGUCAACCCUUCCAAUACAUCCCAAGGGAAGACACGCGCCUCGUUAGCUUGGAUGCUAAUAGUGGUCACAAACUGGCGUAUAUAGUUAGACUUUAACAAAUACCAGUCUUUUCUUGUUUGGUAAACCAACGUUUUAUUUACAUUUUGGGCUUUUUUUCCUUGAAAAUAAAAAAAAGUUUAUUUGCCUGUAAAGAAUAAAUCCCAGUGGAAUCUCAGAUAAGCUAGGUUCUGCUCGCUAUCUUAGUGUGAAAACAGUCUACAGGUAUAUUCCGGUCAAAUUCACAAAGUGCCAAUGACAAGAACAUAGAAAAAGGAAAGGUGUGUAUAUGUACCUAAUAAAAUUGCACUAACUUGCACUGCGCAAAGUCAUGUUUUUAUACAUGGGAAUUUUAUAAAAACAUUUUGAAGUAAAAUGGAAUUUCUUUUUUCAUUUGUUUUUGUUUAGUUCUAUCGGGAAA